AUGAAGUGUGACAAUAGAUGUGAUGCGCCAUCAGUUAUCGCAAUACAUUUUGCACCUUCCUCAUCUGAUACUUAUCUUCCGCAAGCUGAUUCGUCUCCUUGCCAUACCGUUGAUUUUCCAAUUAAGACAUUGUCGCCGAGUUCAUCAGUCCGAAUGCCCACAGCGAAAAUCUUCCGUUCGAAAAAAUGGUUUGUUCUCAUACCCUUUUCGAGAACCCUCACAGGAGUAUUUCCACCUGUCAUCGACCCAUCUACAGGUCGUUUAUAUGUUGGUGGAGUGAACAAUCUCUACGAUUUAAACCAUCCAGAUCUUAGUGUUAAAGUUCACACUUCAACUGGUCCAGAAGAAGACUCUGUUGAAUGUCCAAAUAAAGCUUCUUGCUUAUCUUCAAAUAUACGUAGAACGACAGAAAAUUCUUAUACAAAGGGUUUGGCUGUUUACGAAAGAAGUUCCAAAUUAAUCGAAUGUACAAGUCUCUUCCAGGGCCGGUGUCGAUGGCGCAAUUUAUAUAAUAUUGAUCAAAAAGAUGUAAUCAAAGAAUCUCAGCAGCAUAUUGUUGCGAAUGAUCAAAAUUCAUCAACUGUGAUAUUUGUUGGAACUUUCACUAGCCAAGAUAACACACAAAGUGAUGUGCUUUAUGUAGCUUCAACUUUUGUGCAAAAUGGCGGACCAUUUCGUGAUGACGUUCCAGCAGUUGCAUCCUUGUCACUUGAUCAAAACCGUCUUUUUGAUGUUUCUGCGCAAGGAGUCGGCACCGGCACAGAAAUCAAAUUGGAGCGGAAGUUCCGAGGACCAUAUAAAAUUGAAUAUGUUGGUGGAUUCCAGAGUGGUAAAUUUGCGUACUUUGUAACGCGACAACCAAAAGGAGAUACAACACAGGGAUCUUGGCCCUACAUUUCCAAAAUGGUUAGAGUCUGUACUAGUGAUGCUCAUUUCUGGAGCUAUACAGAAGUUCCACUUGAGUGUGCACACGAAAAUGAACUCUACAAUCUUGUACAAGAUGUAUAUUUAUCGAAACCAGGAUACGAUUUGGCAUUAUCUUUGGGUAUAAGUGUUGAGGAUGAUGUUCUCUAUGCGGUGUUUGUAAAAGGAUCUAAUCUGGAGGAAACGAUACCUUCAUCAAAAAGUGCGAUUUGUGCGUAUUCAAUGGCGAUGGUGGAAAAAAUUUUUCUGAGUAAUAUUGAAUUGUGUUUCAGAGGUGAAACUAAUAAGAAUCUACCUUGGUUCAAGUCAACAGAUCGAUGCAUUAAGACUAGGUAUUUGGGACAAGAAGUAUUAUGUGGCAAGGAUGUGAAUAGUCAUAUUGGGGGUGAAAUUCCAGUUGAGGGAAUUGCUGCUUUAAUUACACAUGAUGCACAAUUUACUUCUAUUGCGACGAACACAACGCGUGCAUAUACUGUUGCAUUUAUUGGAACGCAUGAUGGGCGACUUCUUAAAGCCGUAAUAGAGAAUCGCAGUUCUGCUUUUAUAUAUCGCUCGUUGGAAAUCGGUGAUGGUAAGCCAAUACUUCAAGAUCUGGAGCUGGAUGCCACUGGCGAUUAUAUUUAUGCUGUUACACCGAAGAAGGUAGUCAAAGUUAAAGUUCGCCAGUGUGGAGGAGCUGGUGACUGUCGCAGCUGUCUGGCGCAGCGGGAUCCAUACUGUGGUUGGUGUGUUUUGAAUAACGCAUGUGUUCCAGAAAGUGAAUGCACGAAGUCCAUACCAUCAACAGCACACGACUGGCUUACUUAUCGAAAUGGACGAUGUCCUGCCAUAAGUAGAGUGGAGCCUGACAAAGUGCAAAAGACCAGUGCAUCGUAUUUGAACAUCGAGCUUGAAAAUCUGCCGAAUUUGGGGGGACAGUUAACAUGUGUUUUCGACUUCGGCAUUUUGGGAUCACUGUCAACACUUGCACAACCAAAUGGUGGUUUGGACAAUCGUAUCAGAUGUCCAACUCCAAAUGGUUUACCGGAAAUUCCAUUAGAUGCGCACAGUCUUGUUGCUCGGCUUGCAGUUUCUAACAGUAUUGAAGGACCACCGCUGGCACAUACCAAUUUUACUUUUUAUGACUGUUCUCGUUUUAAAUUCUGCAGCGCAUGUGUUAGUAGUCUAUUUCCCUGUGACUGGUGUAUAGAAUCAAAUCAGUGCGUUGCUGGCGUUACUACCGAAAAUCGUUGUCGUUCUCAGCAGCUUGUCAAUGGAGUUGAGAGAAGCGGGCCAUCAAGUCGGAAAGGACCAUCACAUUGUCCCCGUAUCGUUGCGGCUAAAAGGGAUUUUUUUGUCGCGUCCGGUAAAAAUCGUCAAAUAUCGGUGGUAGUGGAAAAUGCAGGGAAAUUUAUGACAGAUUUCAAAUGCCAGUUCAAAAUAGAACACAGUAUGCAUGAAAGAUUAGCAAAAAAAAAAGACAGUACCAUCAUUUGUGAUGACAUGAAAUUUGAUUUUUAUGGGCCCGGAUCCGGAAAUGGUACCGCUAUUGCAAAUUUUUCGGUGAUCUGGUCUUCCGAGGGACGCCAUGGGGGUUUUGCCCUGGACAACAAUGAAGGCAUAAGAAUUGUAAUGUAUAAAUGUGAAUCACUUGCAUCGAAUUGUGGAUUAUGUCUGGUGCUUAGCGGUGAGAAAUACGAUUGUGGCUGGUGUCCAGCUGAGAAGCGAUGUACAAGGGAAGAAAAUUGUCCAGUUACAUCAAAAAUGGAUUAUUGGCUAGACAGAUCCCAGCUUUGCCCAUAUCCUGUAAUCACCAAUUUCAGUCCUAAAAAGGGACCUCUCGCUGGCGGUACCACACUGAUUAUCGAUGGUGUGAAUCUCGGUCAUAGCUACAAAACUGUGGAGGAAGCAGUGACGGCAGCGAACGUGCGCUGUGAUGUUGACGAGCUGUCCUACAUUACUGCAUCACGAAUUGUUUGUCGUACCCGGCAAAGUCCAACGCCGAUACCAGCGCGUUAUCCUGUUGUCGUGAAAUUGCGUGAGGAGCACAGGUAUACUGCAAUCUCGAAUGAUAGUUUCACUUAUGUCGAUCCUGUUAUCAAGAACAUGGAGCCUACAAAAGGGCCUCGAUUUGGUGGAACUAGUGUAACAAUAUGGGGUGAAGAUCUUGAUGCUGGUACAUCAGUGGAUAUUUUGCUGAAUGGUGUUCGAUGCACAGUAUUGAAUCGCACAAAUGACAAAGUUGAAUGCAGGACGGGUCCUUCAGAAUCACUUACUGAUGGGUUUCUGAAAAUCAGUUUCGAUAGUUUUUCUCGAGAAUAUGAUAAUAUUCGAUUUAGAUAUGAGGAAAACCCCACUUUUGCACAAGUCGUACCUGAAAGAAGCAUCGAAUCGGGCGGAAUAAUAGUUGAUGUGAUGGGAACUGGCUUCAAGUUACUGCAGCGGCCCCAUAUGGUUGUAAGAGAUGAAAAAAGAGUAAUGAAAGGACCACAAUGCAAUGUUGUACGCGAUGAUUUGAUUUUCUGCAAGACGCCAAGCUUAGAAAUUCCUCGUAACAGGCGGAAACAUCCAACGGCUGAUGAACCCCUGCUGUUAAAUUAUGGCUUCGAACUUGAUGGAGUUCGUACGGAGGAUAUUUCGCAGUUAAGUAGUUUCCGAAUGCGUCACUUGGCUGUUUUUCCGGAUCCCGUAGUCGAAAAAUUUAGUGACGUGAGGUUUUAUCGAUCAGGUGAUUAUCUGACAAUAAAUGGCAAAUAUCUGGAUGCAGCUGCAAGGGAGCGGGAUAUACUGGUAACUGUAGGUGGUGAACCAUGUAACUUGACUGCUUUAGCGAAUCGUGCACUUACGUGCCAACCACCACUUGAAAAACCCAACAGCCAAAAAUUUUCAUAUGACGCCGAUCCGGAUGUUCUUGUGAAAAUAGGUGACGUAAGCUAUCGAGUGGGCUAUCUAUCGUAUAGCAUGAAAGAAGCCGGACUAUCACCGCAUGUGAUGGGGGCUAUACUGAUACUGACUGUUUGCAUUAUUGGCGCCUUUUUUUUGCUUUUAGUUUUCUACAGACGCAAAAGCACUUCCCAUAUGCGUGAAAUGAAGCAUUUGAAGAACCAAAUCGAUCAGAUUGAGAUGAAGGUGGCCACUGAAUGUAAAGAAGCAUUUGCAGAAUUGCAGACAUCGAUGAAUGCAAUGGCUGCUGUUUUGCCUCUUGGAACUCCUUUCAUACCAUUUCUCUCUUAUAAGGAAUAUACAGCUAGAGUGCUGUUUCCGAACAAUUAUCAUAAUCAUCCGGUCUUGCGUGAUUUGGAAGUUGAUAGUCAACGCGCACAUUCGAUAGAAAUGGGUCUUCGAGCAUUCAACAAACUUCUGAUGAACAAACACUUCUUGCUUUCAUUUGUGCGUGCGAUGGAAAAUAAUAAGUAUUUUCUCGGCAAAGAUCGCGUGUCUGUCGGAUCACUCCUAAUGGUCGUGUUGAUGGAAAAAAUGGAAUAUUGCACCGAAAUUUUGAAACAGUUGUUAAAAGAACUCAUUAAUCGGACAAUGGAAAAAAGAUUACAGCCAAAGAUCCUCUUUCGCCGUUCAGAAAGUGUUGCAGAACGUAUGUUGGCUGCGUGGUACACCAUUCUAAUGUAUAGAUACCUUACGGAAUGCGCUGGUAGAAAACUCUAUGAAUUGUAUUGGGCGAUGAAGCAACAAAUGGAAAAAGGCCCACAAGAUGCACUGACCCUCGAGGCGCGGUAUUCUUUGUCGGAAGAGAAACUUUUGCGGGCAUCUUUUGAUUUUCGGAAAUUAACUGUUUUUGUUGCUGCAGAUCACCAUUCUUCCGGUGCAAUGGAUUUUCCGGUCAGAGUGCUUGACUGUGAUUCGAUAACACAAGUGAAAGAAAAGUGUCUGGACGCGAAGUACCGCACAACGGCGUUUUCUGAUCGUCCUUCUGUGAAUGAUCUUGAUUUGGAAUUACGAUCAGCAUGCCCUCGAAUAAUUCUUCAAGAUAUUGACAGUACUUCAAAGGUUGAACAUGGUGGUUGGAAAAGGAUUAAUACUCUUGCUCAUUAUAAUGUUUCUGAAAAUGCGACUUUAGCACUACUUCCACGCCAAGCAUCUCUUUACAAUCUGUCAAUUUUGAGUGAGCGCUCAACAUUUUCGUUACCAAAACAAAGUCCUACACUCACAAGACCGUUUGGAACAAACUCAAGCUCUCAGUGCAAAGGUUUGCUGUCAAACAUGGAUUCCAAUUAUAAAUUGUACCACCUUGUGCGUCCUUCCGAACAUGGUUCAUCUGAUCAACAAGAUAAAAUGGUCACUGAAAUAUAUCUGACUAGACUGCUGACAAUGAAGGGUACACUUCAAAAAUUUAUCCAGAACUUAUUGGAAGUUAUAUUUUCUACUGCAGUUCCGAAUUCAUCUAUUCCUUGCGUGAAAUACAUGUUUGAUUUCAUGGAUGAUCAGGCUAGAGAACAUGGCAUUGAAGAGAAUGAAGUUGUUCAUGCUUGGAAAAGCAAUUCCCUACCCUUGAGAUUUUGGGUCAACUUGAUAAAAAAUCCACACUUCGUAUUUGAUAUCCAGAAACCCACGAAGCUCGAAGGUUGUUUAUCGGUUGUGGCUCAAACUCUUAUGGACGCAUGUUCGACACAGGAACACCAGUUAACGAAAGAUUCGCCCAGCAGCAAAUUAUUAUUUGCAAAAGAUAUAUAUCAAUAUCGUGACUGGGUUGAUAGAUACUAUGCAGAAAUAAGGCAAAUGCCCCCAAUAACCGAUCAGGAUAUGAAUGCACUGCUUGCUGAAGAGUCACGUUCUCACUCACGUGACCGUUUUCAUAUUUUCAGCGCACUAAAUGAACUUUACAAGUAUCUGGAGCAAUACAAGGAGUCUUUACGUGAAGAAUUGGAUAUGAAUCAAUUUGCAGUCAAUCAGAAACUGCCACAAAAGUUCCAAGACAUGUUGAAUACAAUGGAGUGCAUAGGUGAACACUACAGUAAUGGUGGCAGUGAGACUAUAGGAAGCUUUGGACAUCGUGUUUAUCGAGGAAGACCAAGGGAAGACAGAGUGUAA